AUGACCAAGAUGGACCUUGGGUCCUUCCUAGAGGAUGACUCGUUUGGAGGAUCCUGGGCAGAUGACGACGUUGAUAUGUCCGCAGUAUCCUUAACCACUGCCAUCCCUCUACCUCCACCUAAAGCACCAAUUGGUACAUUAAAGAGAGAUCGAGUGAACUACCCUAUUCCCAGAUCGGGCCCCUACAAGGCUGUUGUCAAUAACUUGCCCUGGGAUAUCAACGAAGAGACGUUUGCCAAAUGGCUGGACCAUGUUCUAUCCCUCACAUUUGACUCUAUUGUAGAGUUAUCAAUGCCCAUGGAUGUAAUUCACGACAGGCCAAAGGGAUUUGCUUUUGUUACGUUUAAUAAAAGAAGUGAAUUAGAGCAGGCUGUUAACAGUGAGGGCCUCACAUUUAACGGCAGAUCAAUCUACAUCUCUGUGGCUUCUCCCGAGAGGGAUGAAUCUACUAAGGAAUUCGAUUGGUCUAAUGCCAGAGGAUCCGCUCAAAAACCUUCCUCCACCUCAAGAGAAGAACAUGAGUUUGAUUGGGAUAACGUUCGUGGAUCUGCCCAACCUGCUGUGCGAGAAAGAAGAGCUCCAAGAGAACCUAGGGAAGAAAUAGAUCUGGAUUGGGGUGCUAGGGGUACUGCUGUACCCAAGGGAAGAGAGCCAAGGGAAUCAAGAGAGUCACGAGAGCCAAGACCUCCCAGAAGAGAGGAACCAGAACUUGAUUGGGGUGCAAGGGGAACAGCGGUCCCCAAAUUCACUCCAAGAGAACCAAGAGAACCAAGGGAACAAAGGGAGUCAGGCGAGCCAAGGGAGCAAAAACCUUUUAGACCGAGAAAGCAAGAGGUAGAGUUUGAUUGGAGUGCUAGAGGUUCGGCCGUUCCCAAAGCCAAAGAACCAAGAGAGCACUCUAAAGCCAACAAGCCUAAGAAACCAGAACCUGAACUGAGAUGGGAAUCACUAAGAGCAAAUAACGCACAGAAAAAAGAAGAAGUUAGGCCCACUUCAUCUGCUUCGGCUACUUCUGUCCCUCAAGAGAAAAAAGAUGCUCAUCGUGUCAAACAGUCUUUGUUUCACGUUUUGGCAGAUCAGUCUGAUGAUGAUGGGCAGAAUAUACAAGAGUUGGAAAAUCAAGCCGCCGAUCUUGCACUUAACAAGGACUGA